UGUAUCUCUUGAUCCUGCAUCACCAGAUAAAGCCCCUUUUGACUCGAAGGAAUCCAGAAUUCCAAUUAGGGUUUUUAUAAAGGCACAAAAGGCGGAGCCUUUUUGGGGAUUUCCCUCUUCAUUUCCUCUCUCUCUCUCUCUCCUUCUGUCAGUGCGGAGAUUCUGCAAUGAAGCUGAAGCAAUUGGAAGGCCUCCUAGGCAAUCUCCAACAGUUCUCCAACCCAAAGGUGGAGCUGGAACAGUACCCGACCGGACCUCACAUUGCUUCUCGCGUGCUUUACACCGCGGAGAAUUCGUUCGGAGAUGUGGGCGACAGGGUCGUAGCUGAUUUCGGGUGCGGCUGCGGGACGUUGGGUAUUGCGGCGGCUCUCUUGGGUGCAGAGCACGUUGUUGGGGUUGAUGUCGAUUCCCAGUCUCUCGAAAUCGCGUCUGCCAAUGCUGAGGAGCUUGAGGUGGAAUUGAACUUGGUUCAAUGUGACCUUGGGAACUUGGAUUUUAGGGGCCAGAUUGUUGAUACUGUCGUAAUGAAUCCUCCUUUUGGUACCCGGAAAAAGGGGGUGGACAUGGAGUUUCUCCGAGUAGCUCUUGCGGUUGCCUCUCAAGCUGUUUAUUCCUUGCAUAAAACAUCAACAAGAGAACAUGUUAAGAGGGCAGCCCUGCGGGACUUCAAUGCUAGCAGUGCCGAAGUUUUGUGUGAGCUUCGGUAUGAUGUGCCUCACUUGUACAAGUUUCACAAGAAAAAGGAGGUGGACAUUGCUGUGGACCUCUGGCGCUUUGUACCACGAGGAGCUUAGGUGAAACUGGAAAAGCGGUUGCACAUUUAAUUGAAACCCAGUAUAAUUAGAAACCGAGAAGUAGGAUCAUUUUUUUUUUCUUGGUAGUCGGAGGACAUUUGGAUUACACUGAAGAUUGUUUCUGUAUCAUGAUCUGUUCAUAGCAAUGGUAGGCUGUUCACUUCAGCCGCCAAAAAUUAAGGACCUUCUCUUGACAUUUGUAAUUAAUUAAAGUAAGAGCUUGUUUCAACCUGUUGCCUGUGCCACAUUGAUUCAUA